UUGCGUUCACAGUGUCUGAGUUCUCGUUGUCAGUCCUACUAGGCACUCAAAAUAUCAAAGAAGCUUGUCGUUGAGCUGGAGGAGUCUUUACUUAAAUACGUGAAUUGUAAUGACCGAUUUGUUAUAUUACAAUUUUAAAACAGAUUGAUGUCUCGAGGAAGCUCGAGUUGAAGAAAAUAUUCAUGCACUGUGUGGCGACAUCAUUUUUAUACAUCUUUCAAGCUAAACGGGCUCUUGAGCGCCUCUAAUUUGCUUAACCUUAUCCGUCCGGAACACGGUUCGCAACAAAACCUUACAGGGUCUUUGGCGUCUGACUUUUGAUAACAAUGGCCUCGGUGUCCAGAUAUUUCUACGGACCGGAAAGGUUGGAGGAUGUAAGUCACGCUUUCUGCCUCCUGAAAGAGCUGAAGGCUUUUUAUGAUGCCGGUCUCUUAGUAGACGUCACCAUUGAAGUAGACUCGCCAGAGCUCUGCCCGCUUUCCGAUGCCGCUAAGACUUCACACGCUGAGCAGUCUGGAACGGGUAAGCUGUUUACCUGCAACCGGAACGUUUUGGCUGCCGCCAGCCCUUACUUUAAAAGUAUGUUCACGGGGGGCCUUUACGAGAGCAAGCAAGCCAAAGUGAAGAUUCAUGACGUGGACGCCGAAUCAAUGGCCCUCAUCAUCGAUUAUUGCUACACCGGUAAUGUGACCAUCAGCGAAGGUAAUGUCCAAAGGUUGUAUGCCGCGGCGAACAUGCUACAGCUGGAAUAUAUCCGCCAAGCCUGUUCCAACUUCAUGACCAGGAGGCUGGACCUGAUUAACUGCGCUGGCAUCCUGAAGUUUGCCGAUGCUUUUGACAAUCAAGAGCUGAAAAAUAAAGCAAAAGCCUUUAUUGCGAGACAUUUUCAUCACUUCUGCAGAAAGGGCAAGGAGUUGUGUGAACUCAGCCUUAAUCAGAUAAAAGAGAUUCUUCAGAUGGACACGCUGGAUGUGGACAGUGAGAAUAAGGUAUGUGCAAUUGCCAUCCAGUGGCUAGAGGCCAAUGCAGCAGAAAAGGCUGGGGUCAUUCUGGAAGUUCUUAAGUGUGUACGGUGGCCCAAUUUCAAUGACAAAGACAAGGCAUUCAUAGAAGGGCUCAAGUUCAAAGUGGACAUAAAAAAACAGUGCCUGGAGUUCUUAGAAGCUGCAGCGCAGGAUGAAUGCAGUCACCUGUCUCUCUCCUUGAAGAGACCUGCCAAGAGAAUUGGCAUGACCGCCAAAGAAAUGAUUAUAUUUUUUGGUGACCCGAAAAAUCCAGGCUUAUGCUAUGACCCUUACUCUGGGGAUGUUUUCACUAUCGUUUCUCCUCUAAGUAAUGUGUCUCUUGGAAAAUCUGUCAGAGGCUUUGCAGUUUGUGUUUCUCCUGAGAGUGACUUGUAUUUAGCCUUGCAAAAACAUAUUUGGGUGUACGACGCUGUGCAAAACAGGUGGCAUGAGUUAGCACAAAGACUUUUGGAUAGAACUGGCAUGGAUAUUGGCUAUGUAAAAGGCCACAUUUAUGUUUUAGGUGGUCGAGAUCCUUUGACAAAUGAUCGGCGGAAGGAGGUGGAAUGCUAUAGUAUUCAGAGGAAUGAGUGGAAGUUUGUUGCUCCUUUACCUCAUUCAGUUGGAAAAAUGGAAGUUGUGACCUUAAACGAUUGUCUUUAUGUUGUUAGCAACAAAAGGUUGCUUUGUUACGAGCCACACAGAAAUCAGUGGCUCAACUGUGCCUCUUUAAAGGCAAUCAAGUUCCAAGAAGCCUGUGUAUUUCAAGAUCAGAUAUUCUGCAUUUGUGAGUCUCCUAUAAUGAAAGCUUACAACCCAUCCCUGGGUGAAUGGAGGAGGAUUGGGGACAUGCCUGUUGACUCCAACACAAACAACUGCCAGGUUGUCCGGCUAAACAACAAACUCAUACUUGUUACCACUUCUCAUCCUCGCCAAGUUAAAAGCAGUGUUACCAUUCAUGAAUACGAUCCAGACAGAGACGAGUGGAUUAAUAUAGGGACAACAAUCGGAUUGCUGCAUUAUGCCAUUUUCUAUGGGUUUAUCUGCCUUACUGCUCGGUUUUACCCAGCAUGCCUCGAAUCAAGGAGGAAUUUUGACAUGGAUGAGGAUGAUGAUCAUAGUGGAUCAAGUGCAGACUGGGAUUUUGAAGGACUGAGUGAUGCAGAAUCGGAAUCUGGCAGCUCCAGCUCAUUUUCAGAGGAAGAAACGUGGUAGUGAAAUCCAUGUUACUGGUAUUAAACAGAUUUAUCUGAUUAAAUGUUAACCAUUUAAAUAUGGAAGAUACUUUUUUUUUUUUGGCUGGAUCUCUGAUAUUUUGGGAAAGUAAGGAAAAAAAGCCUGGUAACAUUCAAAUUGUUUAAAAAAAAAAAAAAAAUUGCAAAUGGAGCCCUAGUUUGGUUGUGUGAAUAGUCAGAAUAAUUGCAUAAUUUUGCAGUUUUAUAUUUACAUAUUUAACAGAGGAUAAGUAGUCAUCCAUUUGUUUUUAAUAUAUUUUUUGCCAUUAUUGAAUUGUGAGGUAUCUGAAGCCAUGCUGCAGCAACAGGGUCAAGGUAUUUGUCAUCAACCUAUCACACAUAAACACUCACUGAUAGUGGUCAGGGUUAGGGUUAGGGCAGGGUGUUGCCAUACCAUGUACUUUUGUGGGAUGCAUGAGGAAACCAGUGUCUCUUAGGAAAAGCCUUGCAGACCAGACCGAAAAAUGUCUGUUUCACAGUUCCUAUCUGCCUAACAGUUCUCAAUACCUGUAGCAUUUCAGACGUUAAUCUAAUUUCACUUUUGUAACAAUUAAAAUAAUUUAACUGUACACAAAUCUGAAUGGCUGGUGUUAAUUUAAAAUAUUCAAUCUGAUCUUAAGGUAAUUUACCGUUUUAAUUAAAAACUAUUUGUUUUGUGGAUGAAUCCAAACAACUGCAUUGGUCCCCAGUAUAGGUGGGUAAGUGUGAGCACAUAAGUAUACCUUGCGAUGGUCUGGUGCUUUGACUUAAGUUGGUUUAUUGCCUUGUGCUCAAUGUUGUCUGGAUCAGCAUCGGCUUCCCCCAACCCAAAACUGGAUAAGAAGGUUACAUAAAUGGAUGAAAGAAGCAUUUUGCAGCAUUUAUUUUUGCUACCAAUAUUUAAAUUAAAGGAUUCUUUCUUCUUUUUUAAGGUGGUGUGGAGUUAAAAUUUGGCACCAGUAAUAUACACAGAAGAUGUGUCAAUGAAGCGAAAAAUAGUCAGCAUUAUAACGUGAUAUAUUUUCCCAUUUUCUGUAUUAGCUUUCUGUUGAGAUAUCAAACAUGAACAUAUUUUUUUCUUGUCUUUUUUUUAAGCUUGUGGGGUUAUCCAUGACGUUUCAUUACUCAUUAAAUACUACCUUUCUAUUAAUUCAGAACUUACUCAGACCAGUUACAGGGUAAGUGUGGGGCGGCACAAUGCCUUUUGUGGCUUGUCCUUACUUGGAAUACUCUUGCACACCCAAGUGCCCCUCAUUCCGAGUCAAAUAAGACUUGCCUGACUCGGCAUGUUUUGGUAACUAGAGCGUAUCGCAGUGGCAUUGUUCAAUGCGUGAUACAAAAAGCAAACACAAUUUGACUGCUGCUUUGGCAGCUUAUUACUUUUGAGUGAGUGAACGUUUAACAAAAUGAGUACGUUACCCUCCAUCCAACCAUUUUUUGUCCAUACUUGUGAUUCAAAGUUGCCUUUAUUUGCUUCCUUUUUUUGAAAUCUUCCCAUUAGUGCAUAUUUUAAGAAUUACUGUUCAUAAAAUACUCAGGGGUGCCUUUAAUGUUAACUGUUCCAGAAAAUGUGUAUGUAUUUGUAUAAUUUGCUAGCACAUAUUUAUGAAGUGAUCCAUAAAGUGUCCAGGCAGAGACCAAAGGUGCAGUGGUGGUUUUUUAGCUCGUCACAAAUGACUGUCCCAGACACAUUUCUUGCAUGAUUUCUAAGCAGUGGCUAACACAGAGGCCUGGUCAUCUUGUGUGUCUUUUUUAUGUUCUCCCAAUGUCAGCAUGGAGUUCCUGUCCUAUCCCCCAAAGAUGUGUGCAUUAGAUUAAUAUUAUUAUUUUAACUAAAAAUGAUGGUUUAAAAAUAUACAAUAGUUGAAAGGAGACAUGAAUUGCAUCAUAACAACAAAGUUGUCCAUACAUAUACAGCACUGUAAUUUUUGAAAAUGCACUGUACUUGCUGGUCAGAGUAGAUGACAUUAUAAUUUCUUGGAAACUGA